GGGUGGUGGGGUGGGUAGAGGACCUCAGCCAGUUAACACUGGAUUUCAUCUAGCUCCAAGUGGCAGCUUUUAUUUGGAAAGGAAAAAAAAAGUUUUUAGUUCAUUCCUGCAGGGAAACUUGUCUUCCCAGGGGCACAGAGAACUGUGCUGUGGAGCUGCCCUGCCAGGCAAGAAGUCAGAGGGAAUAAGGCCCCUCCAGGAGGAUCAUGGCGACCUAUGCCUUACAAAUCGCUGGCCUGGUGCUGGGGGGAGUUGGCAUGGUGGGCACCAUGGCUGUCACGGUCAUGCCUCAGUGGAGAGUGUCUGCCUUCAUAGGAAGCAACAUCGUGGUCUUUGAAAACCUCUGGGAAGGAUUGUGGAUGAGUUGUAUGAGACAUGCCAACAUCCGAAUGCAGUGCAAGAUCUAUGAUUCCCUGCUGGCUCUCUCUCCGGACCUGCAGGCAUCCAGGGGGCUGAUGUGCGCUGCCUCGGUGCUAUCCUUCUUGGCUUUCAUGACGGCUAUUCUGGGCAUGAAGUGCACCCGCUGCACAGGAGAGGAUGAGAAGAUGAAGAGCCACAUCCUGCUAACAGCCGGGAUCCUCUUUAUCCUCACGGGCACCGUGGUGCUUAUCCCUGUGAGUUGGGUUGCUAACUCCAUCAUCCGGGAUUUCUACAACCCCAUAGUGGACGCUGCCCAGAAGCGUGAGCUGGGAGAAGCCCUGUACAUAGGCUGGACCACUGCACUGGUGCUGAUGGCAGGAGGGGCGCUCUUCUGCUGUGUUUACUGCUGCACUGAAAAGAGCAGUAAUUACAGAUAUUCUAUCCCUUCCCAUCGCACCACCCAGAAGAGCUAUCACCUGGAAAAGAAAUCACCCAGUGUGUACUCUAAAAGUCAGUAUGUGUAGUGGUGUACAUUCUAUCAUCUAUCUAUCUAUCUACCUAUCUAUCUAUCUAUCUAUCUAUCUAUCUAUCUAUCUAUCUAUUUAUCUAUUAUCUAUGUGUCUAUCACUUAUCUAUCACCAAUAUAUGUAUUUUUAACUUUAUUUACAAAGCCAUGCAAAUGGCAAAUGACUAAGAGAUAUCCAGUAUUUUAUAAAAAAAAAAAAAAAGAAAGAAAGAAAGAAAAAGAAAAAGAAAAACGACUCAAAAACACAUUGUUUUGCUGUUCUUAAGUGCCUAAGAUUAAUUAGAGGAGCCAGGCUCCAAGGAUUGAUAAUUAUGGGAUAUCCACAUAUAUUGAUGUGAUUGUUUAAAGGAAACACAACGUUCUCUAGAAGCAGUCCCUGCAUGUCCCUCAUUCUGUUGGUCAUUUCAAACUGGCAUUGUUAAAGGGUCCUAUUUUACAACUGUGAUUUCUCUGUGGUAUGGCAUUAUGUAUACAGAUGUGUGUGAUAUUGAUAUCUCACAUUGCUAGAGAUGUGAUAUGCCGAUGUAAUAUGCUGAAUUGAUAGAAUUUUUUCCGACUCCUGCUUUCCAGGGGAACCGGAGGAUGAGAUUAAAAACAGUUAAUAUUAAUUGUUUAAAAACAGCUUGGUGAUUCAUGCACUCGGUUUAUAUGGAAGGCUCAAGUGAAAGCUUUAAUCAGCAGUGUAAAAGAAAAUAAAAGGCUUUCUGAUAUCCUGUCUUUCAGCCUAGGAGUUAGAAAUCCUAGCUCCUUUAUCCUCUUCUCCCAGAGGCCUUCCUUUUCUUGUAUAUUAAAUUAACAUUUUUUAAAAGGCAGAUAUUUGUCAGUAGGCUUUGCAUUCAAACUGCUUUUCCAAGGCUAUAGUAAGAAGAAAGAUAAAGUUGUGGUCUAAGAAUCAUUAAGGACUGCAAUAAGUGAUUUUUUUUCUCUCUUAAUCUUUUGUGGUUGGACAGAAUACAUUUUAACAAGAAAUCAUAUGUGUAUGUGAAUAAUUAUUUGAACACAAACUUUGGGCUGUUAUCAACACAAGUAGCAUGAAUAAUAAUGUCUUGGUUUUGACUGUCUUACCAAUGAAAGAUGUUCUGUGAGCUCCAUCUUCUCCCAAAGAUAUGUUUUAUGUUUGUUUCAUUUUGCUCAGUUUUACAGAGCUAUAGAAAUACUAUGCAUUUUCUCCAAUCCAGUGCAACCAAUAGCCCUAUUUGAAAAUUGGUAUCUCUGUUUUUCUAGCUAUACCUAUUGUUUCCUUUAUAUUAAUAAACCAUGUCUUUAUAAUAAUUUAA